AUGGGUCUUUUUAGAAGCGGUGACGACGAGAAGUCGAACGUUACUUGUCCGACGCAUUCUUUCGCCCAAGAUGCUGAGAAGAAUAUCACAGGUAGCUUGAGCUUUUACCAGCUGAGUAUGAUCAUUGGCGGAUCUUUCGCUGCUUUUGCUCUGAUUGUCAUGUUCUUCAUCAACAUGAUGCACGCAACGCAUCUAUCAAACCCUUCAGAACAAGUCAAGAUCAUGCGAAUCGGCACACUCAUUUCAGCGUUCUCCAUCAUUUCGUUCCUCUGCAUCUGCUUUCCCGAGGCAGCAGUCUACAUCGAGCCCUGGCUACACGUCUACGAGGGUUUCGCGCUCGGAUCUUUCUUCCUCCUCCUCUGCGACUAUGUCUCUCCGAACCGCGACCAACAAGACGUAUUUUUUGCUACAAAGAAGAAGAAUGGUAUCAAGUGGUUCAAGACACGCUGGGUCAUGAUCUUUCAGAUGCCCGUCAUCGCAAUCGGUGUCGCAGUCGCUACCGAUAUUACCCAAGCUGCCGGUAUCUUCUGUCAAGAGAGCAACGACCGACACUUCGCCAACAUCUACCUCCGAAUCAUCAUGUCGAUUUCCCUCGUCAUUUCAGUCCUCUCGAUCCUACAGAUGUACAUGCUUCUCAAGAAGGACCUCGCCCAUCAUAACCCGAUGUUGAAGCUCACUGCUUUCAAGAUUGUAGUCGGUUUAACUUUUAUCCAGGGUAUCAUCUUCACCGUUCUCAACGACCAGAACGUUCUCAAGACCAGCGAGACGCUCACUUACGCUGAUGUUCACGUUGGCAUUCCCAACCUUGUCAUCUGCAUCGAAAUGGCUCCUCUGUCGCUGUUCUUCAUGUUUGCCUACCCAUGGAGCGUUUACAAGUCUGGUCAUGGCCGGGGAAGCUUUUCCAAGUUGGAACAGGGCAACAUUCCUGAGGGGUCAUACCAGGGCGGUCCUCUCGGUAUCCACGCUUGGCUGGCCAUGAUGAACCCCUCCGAUUCUUUGAAGGCGAUCUUGUUCAUCUUCAAGAAAGACAACCGCAAUGCUUCUACAACCGAAGUCAACAUGACGGGAUAUCAGUCCAACGACCCUUUGGUAUCGCGUCCCUAUAACCCUCAGCCAUACUCUACCAAAAACUAA